ACGUGAGACGAGUAGCGAGACGUAACUUUCAGAAUUAUUUACUUUUUGUUUGGGUGUGUGGUUAUGAUUUCAAUGUCAACUCGCUAAGGAAAAUAAUUGAAGGAAAAAAUAAGCAAAUAUAUAUUCGUGGAAUAUAGUGCACAACCUCCUUUUGCUCUAGCCAAUUACCGUUACAAGCCCUUUCCGGAUCUUCUUCCCGGUAUAUGCACAGCAUUCUCCUCCUCCCUGAGCGAAAUCAGUGAAGCCACAAUCAGCGUUAUUGUUUGUCACCAUCGCCGUAAGCUGAUAGUACUCUUUUCCCCGCCGAUGGGAGCCAAACAGAAGUACAUUUUGCUUGGAAAGAAAGGCGAAAAGAUAUACUAAAACAUCCUUCUGCACUGUUAUGAUUCGGCAAUAAAGCGCGAGCAGCUAUUUUGCCAACGAAUGUAUUUGUCACCAAAAGAUACGACUUGUUUUGUAAACAAAUUUGUUUUUUCACGAGCAAUGGCCGAACAGCAAUUUUGACAUUGCGGUCCACCUAUAAUACAACGUCUUGCUAGAAAUCAUUGCGUAAAUUCAAAUGAUUUCCUUCAAAUAUUGUUGCAGCAAUGUUAUCUUACCCAAAUAACGGGAUCAUUUAUUGUCCUAAUGGCACCCAUAGGAACUCGGCAGUGAUACUACAGAAUGAUUUAAUUUUAACUAGCGGUCUUAUUCUUUUGCAAGUGCCCCAGUACAAGAUACAGGACCACGAAUCCUUCAAGAAUUAUAAUUUUAUCGAUGUUAGAGAAUAUGAUGAAUUUGGUAGCAUGCAUGAGAUAGAUUUCAGGGUAAUUUUGAAAACUAAUGAGAAUACAUAUGUCGAAAAGAAAGCAGUAAUCAUCUGCUUAUUGUAUUCGAAAGAUAUAGACGAUGCAAUCAGCAUGCAUUUCAAAAAUUUGAAAUUUCUGGUUCACGAAGAAUAUAAACACAUUUCUGAAUAUAGCAAAUAUUUUUCAUCUUUCUUAUUAUUACAAUAUAGAAAUAGUAACUUGUCGACACUAGAAAUUGAAUCGCGAUUUAGAAUUAUCGCUAGACAUGCACCAAAUCCAUUAGCACCGUCUGAGGAAAUAGUUUGUGUUAGCACACCUUUCGGGAAUGAGCUGUUCCUGAAUAGUGUUAGCUAUGGCCAUGUGGCUAAUCUUUUUGGCAAGGACAAUUGUCUUGGAUUACUGAAUAUAUCGACGGCGUUUGGUUGCGAAGGCGGGGGAAUUUAUGACAAAGAUAUAAAUCUUCGGAGUAUUCUGCUUGGAUCUUCAUUUGUUAGUCAAAAUGACAAUGUUUGCUUCCCGAUAGCAGCCAAUAUAAGCGAAAUAACGAAAAUGUUGUGCCCUGAGGAGAUAACACACUGGAGAAUGCCUACUGAACAAUGUGUUUGCAUGAUUGAUUCAAUGAACUGUUGGGGAACAGGUUGCCUCUUUCGCAUGAAUGACCAUAAUUAUGUACUAACAUGCGCACAUGUGAUAAGCAGUGAAAACAUUGUUUGUCACGUUGAUGGCCAGAAUUUACAAAUAAAAUUAUUGUUCAAAAAUCCCAUUUUUGAUAGCGCAUAUGACAUUGCUUUUUUUGAAGUUUCCGAUAAGUUAUCAUCACAGCGAAGUAGCUUUUGUCAGCUUGCAAAGUACAUUCCAAAAAUAGGGCAACGAGUUCUUUCGGUUGGAUUUCCGCUGUUCAAAGGAUUUGGGUUGAAAGAUAAUUUUGCCCCAAGUGUGUAUCGCGGCCGCAUUAUCAGCUAUUCGGAAGGAGUGUUGAUAACCGAUUGCCCUGUUCAAGCAGGACAAAGCGGUGGUCCGAUAUUCGACACGCAAGGCAACCUAAUUGCUGUGAUGGUCUCCAACUUCAAAAGUACGCUACCCGAGAGAAUAUAUCCGUACUACAAUAUGUGCAUUCCAAUUUGCGAUAUAUACCACAUACUGGAGAGCUACACCAAAACGAACGACUUGAACAUAUUGAACAGUUUGAAGGCGAAGAGCCACAUUGUAGACAAAUGGAAAUUACGCAGUUCCGUUAAUAAUAAACUUUAGUGUUGCAGAAUCACGUUUUCGUAUCCCUGCUCGUAUAUCGGCGGCUUAUAUUCAAUGCUCGAUCCAAAUACAUCAAGCGUGAGGGGCAUAUUGAUACAAUGAUUGAUUUCUAACAGGGUUUGAUUCCAUUUUAAAUAAAACGCGAAAGUUGUAUGAGUUUUUUCAUUUGAAC